AUGAGCAGCAUCAACCAGUCCAGGAUUUCUGAGUUCCUCCUCCUGGGACUCUCCAGGCAGCCCCAGCAGCAGCAGCAGCUCCUCUUCCUGCUCUUCCUCAUCAUGUACCUGGCCACUGUCCUGGGAAACCUGCUCAUCAUCCUGGCCAUCAGCACAGACUCCCACCUGCACACCCCCAUGUACUUCUUCCUCAGCAACCUGUCCUUUGUGGAUGUCUGCUUCUCCUCCACCACAGUUCCCAAGGUACUGGCCAUUCACAUACUUGGAAAUCAAUCCAUUUCAUUCUCUGGGUGUCUCACACAGCUGUAUUUUCUCUGUGUGUUUGCUGAAAUGGACAAUUUCCUGCUGGCUGUGAUGGCCUAUGACCGAUUUGUAGCCAUAUGCCACCCUUUAUACUACACAAUAAAGAUGACACAUCAACUCUGUGCCCUUCUUGUUAUAGGAUCAUGGUUGGUAGCCAACCUGUAUGCUCUGUUGCACACACUGCUCAUGGCUCAACUAUCUUUCUGUGGGGACAACAUCAUCCCCCAUUUCUUCUGUGAUUUGACUCCCCUCCUGAAACUCUCCUGCUCAGACACACAUCUCAAUGAGCUGAUGACUCUUACAUUGGGAACUGUGAUCAUGGUCAUCCCAUUUGUCUGCAUUCUGAUUUCCUACUUCCACAUCACCUGUGCUGCCCUGAGUGUUUCAUCUUCUAGGAGAGGAUGGAAAUCCUUCUCCACCUGUGGCUCUCACCUGGCUGUGGUCUGCCUCUUCUAUGGCACCAUUAUAUCCCUUUAUUUCAACCCCUCAUUCUCUCACUCACCUGGGAGGGACAUGGCAGCUGCCAUGAUGUUCACAGUGGUGACCCCCAUGCUGAACCCUUUCAUCUACAGCCUGAGGAACAGGGACAUGAAAGGGGCUUUAAGGAAAUUGUUUACUAUGAAUCUCCAUCUACCAAUUAGUGUAAGAAAUCACAUACCUAAUUAA